UUUUUCUAUUUUCUUUCCUAAGUUACUUCCUCUUUUUUUUUUCUUGUUUUUGAAUGCUAUUUUUCCCAAAUGAUUCAUUGUCAUUUUUUUUGUUGAUUUUCCAUAAAACCCUGCUGAUUUUUUUUUUUUCAUGUUAAAUCAGCAAUGGCAAGUUCAACUCCAAGGGCAACCCCAAGGUCAGGAAGACAAAGAGAUAAAGCUUGGAAAUAUGGGAUUGUAGGAAGCAAAAAGGGGGAGGUCACUUGCACCGAAUGCACAAAAUGGAUGACUGGUGGAAUCAAUAGAUUAAAAUACCACCUUGCACAAAUACCUGGAUAUGGUGUGGAGGCAUGCCCCAAAUCAACUCCUGAAAUUAUUAGAGAGAUGAAGGCCAUUCUUGCUGAGAAUGAUAUGCAUAAGGAAGAAAGGCAAAAAAUAAGGAAGAAAGGCAAAAAACAAGAGAAGCCAUGGUAGCUGCAAUGAAUCCCACAUUGUCCACUUCGGGUCCCAUUGGUCACAGUCGGGGUCGUCAGUCACUUUCAUCUUUUGGUGACAAUGAGGGUGAGGCUAGUGGCACUCCUGUUAGAUCAGACCCUAAUUUUUUUGUACCAUGCAAUGUUCCAGGUGCACAACUUUCACUUGAAGGUACAGGAUGGAAUAGAGAGAAGCAUGAACAAGCACGGAUAGCAGCUUCAAACUUUUGGUUUUACAAUAAUCUAUCUUUCAAUGCAGCAAACAAUGUGUAUUGUGAAAGUUUUGUUAAUGCAUGUACAGUGGCGGGUAAGGGGUUUAAGGCCCCAACAGGUCAUGACUUCAGUGGGCCAUUGCUAGAGAAAGCUGUGAAAAAUACAGAAGGUGUGGUUGAUGAUCAAAAAAGGUAUUGGAAGAGAAAAGGAUGCAACAUUUUAUCUAAUGGAUGGACAGAUGGACAGAUGGACGGAAUAGGACUCUUCUCAACUUCUUGGUGGCUUCAAAUGGUGCAAUGGUAUUCAUAAAGUCUGUUGAUGCCUCAAAUGAAAUAAAAAAUGCAGAGACUUUGUGUAAUCUGUUGGAUGGUGUGGUUCGGGAAGUUGGAGUUGAGAAUGUUGUCCAAAUUAUCAUGGACAACGCAGCUGCAUAUGUAUCUGUAGGUAGAAUGCUUAUGCAGAGGCAUCCUUCGAUUACAUGGAGUCCUUGUGCUGCACAUUGCUUGGACUUGGUGCUAGAGGACAUUGGGAAGAUUGGAUGGGUGAAGAAGGUGGUUGAAGAUGCAAAAAGUGUCACCAAAUUCAUCUACAACCAUACUUGGGUGCUUGCUUUGAUGAGAAAACACACAAAUGGCAAGGACCUUGUGCGACCUGGAGUGACACGAUUUGCUAGCCACUUCAUCACUUUGCAGAGCAUUCUUAGUGCCAUUCCUCAUCUUAAGCAGAUGUUUGUGUCAGAUGCUUGGUUGGGGUCUGCAUACUCCAAAAGACCUGAAGCAGAGAAGAUUGUGAGCAUUGUUUUUGAUGAAGGGUUCAAUAAAAGUGGAGAGGAGUUGACUGCGGUAAGUAACAAACACUAAAGUAAAGUUUAUACAAUCUUGUCUAUUUGCUGAUUUUAUUUUUUAGGGGUUGAUUUUGUACUAAUUUAAAAUUUGUUUUAAUUUUUUUAGGUGACAGAACCUUUGGUAAGGAUUCUUCGUAUGGUGGAUGGAGAGGGCAUGCCAAUGGGUUUCAUUUAUGAGGCCAUGGAUAGGGCCAAAGAGGCCAUUUCACAUUACUAUCGUGGAAAUACAAGAAAAUGUGAAAUCCUUUGGCGCAUCAUUGAUCGUAGGUGGACAAACCAACUCCACCAACCGAUACAUGCCUUCGCCUACUUUUUGAACCCGAAAUUCUACUUCUCUGAUUCAUUUAGGGCUGAUGAGGAGGUCAUGGCAGGUGUUAUUACAUGCAUUGAUAAGAUGACACCUGAUCCUGAGUUGAGAGACAAGGUUGUUGAUGAGUUGGAGAUCUACAAAAGUGCAGAGGGGAGACUCUUCUCAUCACAACUAGCAAUUGAUAAGAGAGGAAAACAACAACCAGAUUUAUGGUGGGAGAAUUAUGGUGCCGGCACGCCUAAUCUUCAAAAGAUAGCUAGCCGUGUUUUGUCUCAGCCAUGCAGUGCUUCUGGGUGUGAAUGAAAUUGGAGUGUCUUUGAGAGCAUUCACACAAAGAAGAGAAAUAGAUUGUCACAAAAGCGGCUCAAUGAUCUAGUAUUUGUUCGGUACAACCUUCGCCUUCGAGUUAGACAGGUGGAGGGUGUUUCACAUGAGGCCAUUGACUUGGAUGAAAUUGAUCCAUAUGGUGAUUGGACCAUGAAUGAACAAAAUGAUGGUGAUGAUGUCCUCCUUACCGAAGAAGAAAUUGCAGAAAUAGAGAGAGGAGCAGCACAAGAUGCAGAAGGAGCAAGAUUGGAUGAAGAUGAGGACGAAGAUGAGGAUGAUGAUGAGGACUUUGACUUUGAAGAAGAAUCAUCUCACCAUUUAGAUACCACAACACCCACUGCUACUACUUCUAGCUCAAGGCCUGAAAAAUUGAGCUAUAUUAGGAAAAAUACAAAGAGGAAGAUGUAGUCUUCUCUUUGGUUUGUUCAUUCACAUUGUUGUUUUUCACAUUUGCAGUUGGACUUGGACAUAUCAUUAUAUGUAAUUUUGUGAACAUUUAUAUACUUAUGCUGCCAUUAUACAUUUUAGAGUUGAAAGUUGAAUCUUGAAUAUGCUGCCAUGAAUGAUGAAAUUUCAAAUAUUGUGUGUUUGUACUUUGUAGAUCAUAUGACAUGUGUAAUGUUUCAAUUAUGGCACUUAUGUUCUCUAAAUGCAUUAAUUUCUUUAUUUUUUUUUGUAAAACUACGGUUUUUUUUUUUGCCGAGUCUUUGCCAAGUCUUUCGCGAGUCUUUCACGAGUCCGAGUCCGAGUCCAAAAUUUUGGUUUGCUGAGUCCGAGGCGAGUCCAAGAUUUUCAACUAUGCUUCAUAUCAUAUGUAUAGAUGAUAUAUAUUCUUGGAGACUGACAUUAUGGAAAAGAAAUGUGAUGCAGGUUACUUUAUCUACCUUCCAAAAGCUAAGAGGGAGUGUUAAUGCAUUAGUAGCUUCUGCAAGAUAAGUCUCUCCUAACUCAGUAAUCUCCUCUAUUCUGUUAUUAGCUUACUCAUUCAUGCUUUAUGUUUAUCAGACUAUAACAUUGAUCAUAAUUAUGAUAUUAAUAUUGGAUAAUAAUGGAUUAGAUUGACGACUUACUUAACUAUGUUAAGCGUCAAUCUAAAUGCUAUCGGGCUAUUAACCCGAUAGCAUAUUAAUGUCGAUUCAUAUAUGAAUCGGCAUUAAUAUACUAUCGGGGUAUUAACCCGAUAGCAUAUUAAUGUCGAUUCAUAUAUGAAUCGGCAUUAAUAUACUAUCGGGGUAUUAACCCGAUAUCAUAUAAUGCUAACAGUUUUUGUUAUUGUUAAACCGAUGCAUUAUCGAUGUGUUUAUAUUGAUCCAUUAUCAUUUGCUUUGAUACCGAUUCAUUAUCGGGUAUGCUUAUAGAUUUGUUACCAUCAACAAUGAUACCGAUUCAUUAUCGGGUAUGUUUAUAGAUCUGUUAUCACUAGCACCGAUUAGUUAUCAUUAUGGAUCAGUUGAUGGUUGUAAGAGUCACGACCAAGUGACAUCUUGGUCAGACAUGUCCGAUCAAGGUGCUACUUGAUCGUGGCUAUCUUACUAUUUAUACAUCAUUCAAAAUAAAGGAGAUGACAUUGAAAUCGAUACAUGUUCAUCCUCCUUACCUGCAGCAAAAGAAAGAUAUCAGUAUUAUUGUCAGUCAUAAUAUCAAAACGAAAAUACACCAUCCUGCAUAUAACUUGUCCAUUGAAUUGGAAAUUGCAAUACAUUUACACAGUACAGGGACGCAGGGAUGUUUUUUUGCCAUUUCCUGCCCGUUUCCCAUUUGCAAAAAUCAGAGGGGACGUUUCCUGCAGGGUUGGGGGACGUUUCUGGCAUUUUCUGGGAGUGUUGUACCCACUUUUCUAGUUUCAUUUCAGACCUGUACAAGUUUGAUUUUCUUUAGCAGUUUGGUAUUGUUAAUUUCAAUAAUUUUAGGUGUUUUUAGAGGACGGUUUAGAGUGUGUUUAUAGCAGUAGUUUGAUUUGGUUGUGUUUGGUGCUUCUGGGUAGUUUGAUUUCAGCUUCCUGAUAUGUGAUCUGAAUGAGAUUUCACUGUGCUUUAGUUCUGUUUUGAAAGUCGUUACAGCAGGUUCAACAUGAUUACAGAUCAUCCUCAGCGGCAUUCAUAAUGAUGUGAGAUAUGUGGUGUUGGGCACAAGAUUUUAUGAAUUAUCAAUAAUAUUUGGCCUCAUUUUGGAUAAAGUAGCAAACUGAUUUUGUAAUCAGAACAUUUAAAUCAGAUUUACAUCAGCAAUAUCUCAUAUCAUGUAACAUUGUAAUGCAUUGCAUAACUACUUCGCUGAUUCUCAUUCGAAAUCUCAAUUCAAGUCUAAUGCUAUGUAUUAAUGUUUAUGAUGAAUGCUUUAUCAUUGUUAUGAUAUGCAUAUUUGAAAUUUCUCUAUAUUUUUAAAAAUCCCCCUAGUUUUUUAACCAGCUGCCCUCUGCCGUCUCCUAGAAAAUGACCCAAAAGUACCCCCGUACGGAAACACGUCCUGGCGUCCCCUGCCAUCCCUGUCCCCAAAAUUUUUUGGAAUAUAUAUUAUAAGCUAUGUCAAAUAUCUCUAAACCUUGAAACCUUUUGUUUCAAAGAUGUGGAAUUCUGAGUUAUGGGAAACAACUAAAGUUUUUAACCAAAAACAAUGACAUGUAGACUUCUGCCAAGAAACAAGAAUGCAGGUAGCAAUCAAAUAUCAAAAUGUUUAAAAAUUGAUUGACAAGUCAUUGAAGUUGUCUGGACACUUCUAAGGGUUUUGACAGCUUAGCCCAAAGAAAUAACUUUGAGAAACCAUUGAAAUUUAUACUAACAAAUCUUUUUGGCAAUUUUGUUUAUAAGCUUAAAUCUAAGACAAUGAAAAAUAUCAGGAGUCCAAAUCCUUUGCAUGAGCAUUAUUUAUAUCAGUCAUCGUGGUUCUAAUCUUUUUCAUUUUGCAUAUUUAAUAUUAGUAUUCCUUGGCAGAGAACUGUUUGUUUUCAGCUGGCCUGGCACAUGUCUUAUAUCAACACCGAUAUUUUUAUUUCAUUUGAUGUGUUCUAGGCAUUGUCACAAAAAAUGUGCAAGGCAUGUAUGCUAUUUUAAUAGUAUGGCUUACCAAAUAAGUAUAUAACUAAAAAGAUUUACAGAAAUAUAUAGCCUUUUAGUUUUCUAAAGGAGUUGCCAGUCCUAAUGUUAUCCGAUGCAUAUCUAACACUUCAAGUGGUUUAAGUAAAUGAACCAUGCAAUUCUGCAAUUUCAUGGCUUGCUUCCUUCACCUCAGGUGGUGUUCAAUUGUUUGCUAAUAGUUGCCAUCCUUGUGUAUGAUUAGUGUUACACAUGAUAGAGAUGUAACGGAUUGUUUUUUGGGAGAAAAGUGCCAUGUGAAUGAAAAGGAUAAAGUUUCAGGAACCAGGGGCUUGCAUAAUUAAUACAUUAAGUUACUUUAUCAAAUCAAAAUGUGUUGUAUAAUGACGAUUGAACUCAAAUCCGUAAAAUCUCUACUGUCUAUUGAAAUCAUAAAGGUGAUAAACUAUCAUAAAUAUGCUUUGCUAUAAACUUUUUGGAAAUCAAUCUGUUAUUAUUUUAUUUCUUGAGUGGAAUGUCUGGAGUCUUCCCAAUUCUAUCAGCUAGCUUCUAUUACCAUAAAAUCAGUUUCUGUGCAACUCCUCUUGAGUGAAUGGUUGUAUGCACAGUUUCUUUUCUUUUUUAUAGCAUUAGAUAGUGGAUUUUGAACCUUUCCUUGCAUUUACUUUAAAUUUCAUUAAGAAUAUAGAGUAGGCCUUCACAUUGGCUUUACAUUUCUUUACAAAGUAAAAUCAUUGUUUCCUCCCUUUCAAUGCAGAGUCCAGAUGAGUUGUAUCUCCACAAUAACAGAAUCAAAAUUUUCUUCUUGUACAUUUAUGAUUUUUAUUUGGCAUUCUACUGACAGUCCAAUCUG